AUGGAAUAUCUCACAGUCAAGAACCCUCUUGACUUGUGGAAUAAACUAAAAGCAAGAUACGAUCACCUGAAGUUGAUCGUACUACCGAAAGCCCGCAGUGAAUGGCACAAUUUGAGGUUGCAGGACUUCAAAUCAGUCACUGAAUAUAAUUCUGCCAUGUUCAAGAUCACUUCACAGUUGAACCUAUGGUGCGGGAAUAUUAAUGACAGUGACAUGAUGGAAAAAACAUUCUUCAUAUUCCACGCCUCAAACCUGCUUUUACAGCAGCAAUAUCGAGAGAAAGGCUUCAGAACAUAUUCAGAUCUUAUUGUCUGUCUUUUGUUGGCAGAACAAAACAACCAACUGUUGUUGAAAAAUCAUGCAUCUAGGUUAACAGGUUCUAGCCCAUUCCCUGAAGCGAAUGCGGUACAGUCUGCAAAUCUAGGCCGUGGAAACAACAAAGGCGGGAGGUAUGGCAGGGGCCAAAAACGCGACCAUCCCCAACCUCGUCAAAAUAAUGACAAGAAACCAUACAAGCCCCUGAAGUGGCAAAAUGACGAGCAAAAAAUAAAUUAUGAAGAUAAGUGUCACAGGUGCGGCACAAAGGGACACUGGUCGCGCGAACGCCUAAGCAUUUAG